AGGGAAAGAAACGGAGAUACUGGGAGGCGUCCUUCCGUCUGAUCUCAGCCUCUUCAGUCUUGGACGAUGAACUCACAGAUCGCAGACGAUGACAAUGACGACGACGACGACGAAGGCCGCUUCUUUAGGGAUCUCCAAGAAUCAGUUCAACAAUCCACCAAAAAUGUUUUAUUUCUGAAUCUUCAUUCAGGCGUGGCUAUGUUCUUGUAAUUGGGGCUACCAAUAGGCCUGAUGCUGUUGACUCGGCACUAAGGAGACCUGGACUGUUUGAUCUUGAAAUUGUUUUAGGUGUUCUUGAUGGGAGUACGAGGGUUGAGAUUCUUUUGGCAAGCACUACCCUUGGAAUAUGGCAGAAACUGAUAACUCGAUCGAUGCUCGCAUCUACGGCUUCAUGGUUGAUGAACAAAAGACGAGGUUUCGGUGCAACUACUGUGCAAAGGAAGUGAGUAGCUUCAACCAUCUCCAGAGCCAUUUAGGAGGAGUGAGAGCAGACUUAAAACCUUGCAUGCAAGUUCUUGAAAACAUCACGAAACUGAGAGAAGUGAUUCACUUGUUCCUGCUUCUGGUAGUGCAAGUAAUAGAAAUGAAGCGACAUCGUGGUCGCAAGCGGAAGCUAGUAGAUGCAUUGGAAGAUUCAUUUACGAAACUGGAGUCGACUUUGAUGUUGUUAAUUCUCCUAGCUAGGAGAAUUAUCAAUGCUACAUUCAAAGAGGGUCAGGUGGAGUAUGACAUGCCAAAUCUCCAAGAACUGAGAGGUUCAAUGCUUGAUGAUGAGUUUGAAGAUAUGAAGGAUCACUUCAACAACAUAAAGAAUCUUGGGCAGGAUGCAACAUACUUGUCGAUGAUUGGGUCAGAAGUGUCAAGCACCUUGUUAGUUUUCUGGUGGAUUCUUGGGAGGGCACUGAUAUUUCGUCCUUGGUUGGUAAUACUGUUGCCCUGAACUUAUCGCUGGAUCUAGUGAUUGUGGCAGUUGGAGUAGGCAAUGUAGUAGAAGUCAUUGCUAAUUCGGCGACUUUUCGGACCAAGAGAUUCAACCUGGAUUAUAAUAGGAAGCACACAUCUGUGUUUUGGGCCUCACACUGCAUUGACCUCAUGUUGGAAAGGAUUUUGAUGACAAUAAGGCUACAUGUUCAUAGGACUGUCAAGAAUCAGAUCAGCAAUUCACCAAAAGUUUAUUUGUGGAUAUUUAUCGUCUAGGUUUAAUCAAUGACACACUUUGAUGUCUAUAUUAUCGAUUUAAUUUUUGUGAGAUUCAAGACUGUAGGGUAGAAGUAGCUAGGGUUUUAUUUCACCUCAAUUAUUACUAUUUUUUUGUUAAUUUUUUGGUCCUUGAGAAGAUUGUUUCAUGCUUCUGUGAUUCUUGAUGAUUGAUUUGCUUUU